UUUUAUAGUAAUGUAAUUUAGACCUUGGAUAUAAUGGAAAAAAAUCUUCUGUCCCCAAAAGUAUGUCUCCAUCCUAUCCCACUAAUAAAUUUAUGAAGAUUUACACUCACACACGUUAUAAUAUAAAUAAUAUACCCACAUUAUAAUUACAAAUAUAAAACUGAUAUUUUAAUAUACCCACAUUAUAAUAUUAAUUAACAUAAAUAACAUAUAAUCAUAUUUUAUUUACAUAUUUAUUAUACCCACUUUUUUUUAACAUCAUAUAUCAAGCUAAUUAUAUUUCCAUAUAUUAAGCUCUUUGAUUUCCUUUUUUUUACUGUUACAUUUUUUUUUUUUGAGAUAUUAAAAAGGUAUAAUUUAUUUCCUUAUUUACAAAGCAAUAAUUUAUUUCCUUAUUUACAAAGCAAUAAUUUCUAUUCUUUUCUUUCUUUACUUACGGUAUAUGGAGAGAGAGAGAGAUUUGAAUCCCUCAUUUUUUGGGGUUUGAUUGAAGUUUGGAAAAUUCAUUUGAGGAUCUCAUUGAAUAGCUGAGAUGGUCAAAUACGGUGUAUCUAUUCAGAAGCCACAUUUUGCCACUGAGAGUAGAAAAUGCAGUCACUUGCCGAAGACAAGUCGGGGAAGCGAAAGGUGUCGACGGUGGCCCGCAAAGCUGUUGAACGACCGGCCAAGAAGCAGAAACAUAUGAAAUAUGAGUCAAGUUCUUCACUUGAAACAUUCUUCCCAACCAAAAAGAUAAAGAUAUGGGACUUGUAUUUCAAACCCGAAGAUAGAAUUGGUGGUAAAAUACAUUUUUGGGGGAAAAGUAAUAUUAUUAAUGACAUUAAGAAAAAAUUAUCAAAUAAUCAACAGAAAAUGUUGAUGUCUACCUGUUUUGGGCACUUAUUGGAUCUUAAAUCUUACAACAUACAAGCUCAGGUAAUUCAUCAUGCGUUGAUGAGGGAACUUUAUCAAACCAAUAAUGAAGAGAUGUGGUUUGAUUUUGGAGGCAAGAGAGUUAGAUUUGGAUUAGGCGAGUUUGCCAUAAUAACUGGUUUGAAAUGCUAUGGUGAUUAUAGUCUAGAAAGAUUUAACAUCAGCAAUAAAUUUGUUGAUAAAUAUUUCAGCGAUCAAAAUGUAUGUCGUGAAGUUAUACAUACACGAUUUGGGUCAAGCAAAUUUGAAGAUGAUUAUAUUUUCGCUGUUAAGUUGGCUGCUCUGUAUUUCUUGUCUAACUAUUUGAUGUCUAAACAUGAUGGUAAACUUGUUGAAGACAAUAUCUUGAAUCUGGUAGGUUCUGAUGAGUUUGAAACAUUUCCUUGGGGUAAGCUAGUGUUCGAUCUAACGUUGAAAGAGUUGCAAGCGAGUUUUAAGGGAAUGCAGAAAAAGAAGGUUGGAGAAAAAGAGAAAUCGGUGAUUAAGGUUGCUGGUAACCCCACUUGCCCAUCUUCAAAAACAUACAAGUUGGGUGGGUUCCCAUUAGCAUUCCAGUGUUGGCUGUAUGAAACGAUACCCAAUCUCAAGGAUGAUAGAUUUUGUUUUUAUGACGAAGAGCAAGUUUUUAGAAUAUCCAAAUGGAGUAGCACAUCAAAGCCUGAAUAUAGUACGCUAGAAAAGAAAGUGUUUAUUUCAUCUGUGCUUAAGGUAAAUCACAUUAUCCCUUCAGAAGAAGAGGCUAUGUUGUUGGACAUCAAAAAUUUCAAUGUUUUGUCAAUGUCGGAUUCAGAAACGGAUGAUGACUUUCAACCAUUUCAUGUGAAGGGGAAAAUGACUUAUGCUGGGGAAUGCUCGUAUAUGCCACCACCAAUAUCGUUUGACAAGGAACGACCUCAAUUUACUGAUUUGAUUGAUCGCAUCAAGGUUGUUCUUAUUAAGCAAGACCAAUUAGAUCUAAAAAUUAACAAUUACAAAUCACUUAUUGAUGCGAGGUUUGAUUUGUUGGAGAAGAUCAUGAAGAAUAAUGAUACCAAGAUGGAUGUUUUUGUCGAAGCAUUGAAGGAAAUUAAGCAAUAUAUGUUCCAUGAUCAAAUUGAAAUGAUUACUGACAUUCAACUUGAAAAAGAAGACUACAAGAUUGAGUAUGAGGAUCUCCCAAGUUUUGAUAUAAUAAGUCAAAACAUUUUGGAUAUUGAACUUAUGCAUAACAAUGAUACUGUUCACACCCCAUCAAUUCAAAAUAAAAUAGUUGGUCAAUCAUAUACCCAAAACCAAGAGGACCACAACCAGCAUAAACAAAAAACAGAAGAUCAUAAGGACAAUGGUUGCAGUGAUGACAAAGUAAGCAUUUUCAUUAUAGGUCUUUUUACAUGCUCUGUACAUACUUAACAUGUUUCAAAUAUGAGUUUGCAUCGUUGAUGUAUUUCAACGAUAGGGUAUUGAUCAUAAAAGUGUGUACAAGGAUGCAAUAGUUAACUCUAAUGAUAAUCCUGAAGAAAAAAAAGACAAUAUUAUUGGUGAUAAGUCAAUUCCAAAUGAAGCUGCUGAUGUUGUAAGUGGGAAUGAUGAUGAUGAUGUUGGAUUUGUCAAGGCACUUGGUGAUACAGUUGAUGAAGUCAUUAAGCGCUAUGCAGAUAAGAAAA